UGUCGAGUGCUUCGAUUGUCUCGGUUUAUUUGUUAUUCGCCUUAUCAUAGUGAUUGUCGAGACAUGUUUGUCCAAAAACACUUGAUCUAUCUUUCCUACACGUGUUCCCAAUUUAAAGAGUAGAUUUCUCUCAUUCUUAAUGAUGGACAAUGUAAGAUCGUUUCCAAACUGUAAAAAUAUUCAUCCAGCAAAUACACAACAACAUAAAGGAUUCGGUCUAUAAGUAGACGUGUGUAAGUGAGGUGAACAUAAAGAAAAUACGAGCAUAAUACAUAACGUAGAAAGAAACUAUCUUUAUCAAUCAUUAUCACAGAUAAAUCUAUUACCUAAGAAGAGGUAUAUAAGCAUGUUUUAUUUGUAAAAAAACAAAUUGUUAAAAAUGAAACUCCUAAAAUUGUGCCUCGUCGCGACCUUCCUUGGGGUUGCAACAAGCAACACCAUUCAACCAAUAGCGUUCAACUUUAGCACCUUCAACUUCCAACGGCUCUUCUCCAACAAUGACUUCAAACAACUGCUAAGAGCAAACAAACCGGAACAGGUGGCAGUAAUGAACAAGUUCAUUGACGAAGUGGUGAAAGAUCUGGACGGUGUCCUCAAAAAGAAAGGUAUCGAUCCACUUGGUUUACCCGAUGAGGUAAAGUCAUUCGAAUGGAACGCAUUGUGGGGGGAAGUGUCUUUGAAAAGCGGUAAAUUGACAGGAGUUGGCAAAAUUCAACGUAAUGGAGAUGUCACAUUUAAAUAUCAAUUCCCCAACUUGAGAGUAACCUUUCCUUUAAAGUUCGACCACAUAGAGAUAAAUUACAACUACCGCGCGCAAUUUGUUGGUCUAGGUCCUCAAGGAGAGUUGUACGGUUCCAUUAAAGGAGCGGCAUUCUUUAUCGAUGUUGAGAUAGAUGUUACAAAACUGCAGGCGCGAAUUAUCAAGCAUGAUCUUGAAAAUUUGGGAGACCUUUUUCUGUACCUUAAGGGAAGCAUUUUGGAGUGGUUCGCAAACGUGCUGGUAUGGGUUUUGAAUCCAGUUCUGAAACCCAUUAUUCAGUUGGUGCUUUACAAUAUAACCCACGGCACGAUGGAUGGGCUCAUCGGAAAUUUCAACGGAAUGAUAAAGUCGUAUCUGGACAGAAGUCAAAUAUUGUGAUGAAUGAAUCUGUUAAUAAAGGUGUU